GAGGUUUCACCAUUCAUAUAUAGACAAACCCUCAAGAUCAUAAACGAUCAAUUUGAUCAUGAAGCUCUUCCACAAAUUAGGAAAGAUCCUCAUGAGGCUCAUUGAUUUCACUCUUCAUUCCUCCUCUCGCCGGCAGAAGAAGAACAACUCCCGCUCCGGCGAUGGAGAAAGGUUUGAGCCGCCGAAGAUUUCGUGUAGUAGUUCGUACUAUUCGUCUCACGUACACUACAGUGAAGCUAUCGCAGAUUGCAUAGAGUUUUUCAACAAGUCUUCUGCUAUGUCUUGUGAAGAUCAUGAAGCUCGCCUUGUUAACAAUAUCGAUCGUGACUGUUAUUACGUUUAG